ACAUUCCGGUGGUAGACUGGAGGUUUCUGCUAAAUGUUUUGGGAUUUGCCGUGACGCGUGGAUGUUAUCAGAUGUUUGUGUGUUUUACCGAGCGAAGAACAACUGCUGUACGACGAGACGGAAACAGCGACCAGACCGAGGACAGUCUCUUGAAGAAAGGGAGAGUUGGUGGCACUCGCUGGCUGUUUCGCUGGACGUGCCAUGGAUGAAGAGGAGCAGUUUGUGAACAUUGAUCUGAAUGACGACAACAUCUGCAGCGUCUGCAAGCUGGAGACAGAUACAGGGACCUUAUCUUUCUGCCACGUCUGCUUUGAUCUCAGCAUUGAAGGCGUUUCUGCUUCCACUCUAUUACAUUCGAAGUCUCUGCGCGGCCACAGAGACUGCUUUGAGAAAUGUCACCUCAUCGCCAACCAGAAGCUGUCACACUCCAAGAUCUCCCGAAGUGCCUACGAGGGCAUGAAACUGGCCCUCAGCCAAAAACUGAAUCGUAUCAUCCAGUACGCGCAGAACAAAGACAAUGUCCCGUCCAACAAUGGCCUCGGCAGACGCGGGUCCAGGCUUCUCUGUUACAGCCAGCUGGGCGACCGCAAGCUGCUGCCUCAGUCAGAAGCCCAGGUGCCCCGUUACGCCCCCCACUGGGAAGCAGUGGACGCACCGCGGCUGCCUGACUACAGCAUGGGGACGCUGGAGUGUCACACAGCCCAGGAACUGAGGAUGCUGCAGAACUCGCAGGGGGACGUAUGGUCCAGCGACGGCAGGAAAGCUCUUCACAUCCGGAAUUCACCGUCAGCGGGAGGGCAAACUGAGCGCAAACAUCAGGGCCACAGCAGAGAUGAAUUGACUCAAAUGUGUGUGGAUGAGCUCCAUCACUUGAACACCCAGCUUCUCAUUAAGAUCCAAAAGGUCUUCGACGAGCUUACUGCGGCCGUGCAGGAGAAAGAUUCGUUGGCGUCCGAGCUGCACGUGCGUCAUGUAGCCAUCGAGCAGCUCUUCAAGAACUGUGCCAAGCUGCCCUGGCUGCACAUUAGUAGGGCUGGCGUCAAGACCGGCAGCGGCAAUGGUGUCGGAGGCCCCGUGGAGUGAUGUGCAUGCGCGUGUCUUUGGGACAAUUAUGUAUGUGUUUGCAGCAAUAAGACUGAGAACGAAAUGCCCUCUGCGUGAUGCUGUGGGGAUAGCACUGAGCUCAGGAUUAAGGGCUUGCUUGGUGACAAACGGCUGAAUUUUACUCAAACUGGUCAAAGUCCAAAAUCUCUUAAGGCACUGUGUUUCAUUUACUUAUGGUUCAUUUUGUGCAGGUAUAUUUUACCCAUUUUCUGUUAAAUAUUAUAUAUUUUUAUAUUUCUGCUCAUCAUUCUCAGCAUUUUAAAACCUGGCUUGCUUGAAUUUAUGUUAUAUUGUGCAACAAUGGCGUCCAUUUUUGUUGCACUUAAAAACAAGUCAUUUUUUUGAAAUCUGCAUUUCAACUGCUUUUUGUUCUCUGGUAUAUAACUUUUACGUACAGCUGAGUCGGUAUCACGGUAAAGCACUGAACAUGCGAAGGUUACACAAUUAUAUCAACAAAGGAUUUUAGAUCAGUGCAAUAAGAUGAGAUCAGUUGAACUCUGAAAAGAUCACAGGACAAAACCAAAAGGGGGAACUCAUGGACCAGGGCUUUAGAAUAAUUUAUCUGUAUAGCUUAUAUGCCCUGUUGGGUAUUCCCCCCCACCCCCAAAAAAAAGCGUCUUCAUUACAUUAUUCAAGCUCCCUCUGAAAAAGUAUUGUUGUAGUACAGAGAUGCAUGGAGAACUUUUAAAGAGAUAUUUAAUUGUCAAACCCAAGUCAGUUUAGAUUCUGUGCUUCUCUUAUGAACUGUAAACGCCAUGAACAGAUGUCGCAACACCGAACUGUGUUUCACUUUUUGUUUCUACUCAAUUCCUCAGAGUAUUACUUUUUAACCAACUUAGACUUUGUUCUCAGUGACUAUGUAAUUCUUUGUUAUUAUGUUUUUUUUAAAUGUUUUUUUUAAGUUGUGGUAGACGUAUGUCAUUGUGAUACUAGAGACACCGUUUUGGUUAGUUCAUGAAAUAAGAAAUCUAUGCAAAAGAGAGACAGAUCAUUUAGAGGCCGAAUGCAAACAGCUACUUGUCUUGAGAAAGCUCCUUUGGCUGCAGAAUCAGAUUCGUGAUUAGAAAGAGUUGAAACUUUCAUUCUCUUUGUAAGAGAGUCCAUUUAUUUGACCCUUUGUGGGGUUUAGCUCCAUUUGAGACGAAUAUAUUUUUUGAGUAGGUUUUAGCAAAGAGAUUUCUGUUUUUGUGGAGUUUUAAUGUUAUGAAUAUGGAUGCCGUGUAUUUUUGUACCGUGUAGAAAAAAAAACUGCUCAUCUAUGCCUUUGUUCAGCAGAAUUCCUCAACUGGAGACUCGAGUAUAAAUUUUGACCUUUAUUUUAAACAGCCACAUUUGUGUUGUGUGAGGUUUUACUUUCUAUUUAUUUUGUGUGCGUGUGUGUGUGUGUGUGUCAUAGUGGAGCUUAAACAGCUUGUAUGAUUUAUGCUUUUUUUUCGGUUUCAAUAAAAUGACGUUAUUUUUUUUUGCUACAGUGUUUGUCUUACAUAUUACAUUCUUGCCUUGGCAAGGUGAGUUUCAAUUGAUGCACAUGUGGUAACGUCAGGGUCUGUUUUUAUGAUAUGUAUUGCUGAUCAAAUUGUAUACUCACGUUGCAAACUUUCAUCACAUCAAAUCAUCAACAAUGUCCUAAUAAACAUUGCCCAAAUAUUAA